UGGCUGCAGUUACCCUGCUUCCUUAACUCUCUGUCACACACACGCACACACAUACACACACACACACACACACAUACACACACACACCAGUCAUCAUAACUCUUCUAUCAUGCACAGCAAAGAGCAGAUCAGCCAUGACGAAUACCAAAAGACAGCUGAUUGGCUGAUGUCUCAAACAAAGCAUCGCCCCCAGGUGGCCAUUAUCUGUGGGUCUGGACUGGGAAUGCUUGCUGACACCAUCAAAUGUCAGGACUCCUUCGCUUACUCAGACAUCCCAGGUUUUCCUCAAAGCACAGUGCAGGGUCAUGCAGGCCGGCUCGUUUUUGGGGAGCUUAAAGGGAAGUCAUGUGUUUGUAUGCAGGGUCGUUUCCACAUGUAUGAAGGACACUCGCUGCUAAAGACAACCUUUCCAGUUCGAGUCUUCAAGCUGAUGGGGGUGGAGACACUGAUCGUGACAAAUGCUGCCGGCGCAUUGGCUGACGGCCUCCAGCCUGGUGACAUCAUGAUUAUCAAAGACCACAUCAACUUCCCAGGAUUGGCUGGACUGAACCCACUAUGUGGGCCCAAUGAUGAAAAGUUUGGGCCGCGUUUUCCAGCUAUGUCAGGUUGCUACGACAAAGGGCUGAGAUGCAUGGCUAUGGAGAUCACCAAGCAGAUGGGUGUUGCUAGUCUGGUGCAGGAGGGUGUGUACGCUAUGGUUGGAGGACCCAACUUUGAAACCAUUGCAGAGGCUAAACUGUUGCAUCGACUGGGGGUCGAUGCAGUCGGUAUGAGUACUGCUCCAGAGGUCGUAGUGGCAACUCACUGUGGUCUGAGAGUCUUUGGUCUCUCACUGAUCACAAACAAGGCUGUUAAGAGUUACGAUGUGUCGGACAGAGUGAACCACGAGGGCGUCCUGGAUGUAGGCCGAUUGCAUUCCCAAACUGUUCAACAGCUGGUGACUGAACUGAUCAGCAGGAUGGAGAUCAAUAACAACGAAAACACAAAUAAUGCUUCCUGAAAGCGCGUGCCACACACACACACACACACACACACACACACACACACUGUACACAUCUGGUUGUACUACCGACAUCACUUUUAUACAUUUUUCAUUAUCUGUGUUUUUCAAUUUUGCUGUAAAGUGUAUUUACGUCACUAUUAUGGUGCCUAGUUCCUGCCCGUCAGGGUGAAUCAGAAUAUGUGUUUUUACUCCUAAUAUGAACCUAAAAUAUGACAAAAACUCAUGUAUUUUAUGCCACUUAUUAUAAAUGCUUUUGACAAAUGUGUAUAAUUUAAUUUAUAGUUAUUUUGUAGAAGAUUUUACUAAUUUCCUGAUCUGAUUAAAAAUGCUGAAACCCCUCA